CAUGGUAUUUUAUGGUCUCUAUCUCCUCGCUCCUCGAUAGAUCCGUCCAUUUCUCUUCUUUGGAUCGACAUCUGCGAUAUACACUUGGAGACACGGCGUCAAGAUGUCUCGCCCGCAGUUCGUUCUCGAGGCCGACGACACGGAGGACCAGCGUCUAAGGAGUUCUGAGUUGCCGAGGUAUUCGGAAGAUAGCAUCGAUGAGCUAGCCCUCGAUCGGUCAGUCUUUGAAAAGGAUGAGAGGUUUAGAGACGAAGGCAAGAUGGAGCAAGGGGAGGAAGAGGAAGACGAGUUCCUGUACGGGAAGGUGCCGUCACGAAAACAGCCCAGGAAGCCCUUUAUUGCUCUGCUUCUGAUCAUCCUCGCUCUCGCCGCCUUGAUCGGAAUCUUCUCGGCGAGGUCUUUCAAAGCGCCGACAUGGAUCAAGAAAGGGGGCAACAAGCACAUCACCAUGGACCACGUUUUCAAUGGGACAUUUGCCAUCAAGUCGAAGAGGAUUGAUUGGGUGAAGGAGGCCACCGAUGGAGUAUACUCGCAUAGGACGGACGAGGGCGAUAUCGUUCUACAAGACGCUAGCAAGCCCGACUACGAGGAGGUGCUACUCAAUGCGACGGAUGUCAGAGAGGCUACGGGCAAUCAGCUAAUGUUCCAGGACUGGAGACUCUCUGCAGACAUGCGAUAUGUCGCCUUGAAGACCGAUCAUCGCAAGCUUUGGAGGCAUUCAUCCUACGGAAAUUUCUACAUUCACCGACUGUCCGAUCACAAGACCUUUUCGCUUCGAUUGCCAUCUCACCCAGCCGAGAUCGCCUACGUCGAUUGGUCGCCCACAUCCCAUUCGAUCGCCUAUGUUUACAAGAACAACCUUUACGUCGUUCCCGCGAAAGACCUCGACAAGUUAGAAACGGCGGGGCAGGUUCCAGAGGCAAUUCAAGUAACCAAGGAUGGCAGCGAUACUAUCUUCAACGGUGUUCCUGAUUGGGUCUACGAGGAAGAGGUGUUUUCGAACAACUUCGCCUUCUGGUGGAGUCCUCAGAGCGAGAUUAUUGCGUACUUGCGAAGCGAUGAGACGGAAGUCAAAGAUUACACCCUGCAAUACUAUAAUCCGAAUGGUGCAGCUUUCGACCCGCAACCGUACCCUGAGAAUUUCGUGAUGAAAUACCCUAAGCCUGGCACUCCUAAUCCGAUCGUCACGGUCCACAUGUUCUCGUUGCAAGGCCACCUUGCUAGCGCGUCCGCCAAGAACUCGACCAAACAACUGCAAUGGGAAGGAUCGAUGCCGCUUGACAAGCGCAUCAUUGCUGAAGUCAGCUGGCUCGGAAGCGAGGAACUCUUGGUCAAAGAAGUCGACCGAUCUGCGAAGAAGGGCAACAUCGUUCUCUUCACCGGAGGUCGAGCUCAAGGCAAAGUAGUCCGCACACUAGGCAAAGAAGGCGAGGAAGGCGAUGAUGGCUGGAUCGACCAUAAUCAGCAAGCGAUUCCGGUCAAGGGGACCGACGGGUACCUCGACAUCGUCCCAACCAAGGAUGGCUACAAUCACAUUGCCUUCUUCCCCACUCUCGAUUCGUCGGAUCCGAUCUUUGUAACCGAAGGGGAGUGGGAGGUUGCGGACGGUAUCGCGGGCGUCGACCAGAACCGGAAAUUAGUAUACUUCCUCGCAGCCUCACCGACUACUGAACGACACCUGUAUCAAGCGCGAUUGCCGUCAACCGGUGCUCUCGACGACUUUGCUUCGAACAUGACCGCGUUGACGGACACUAGCGUGCCGGGCUAUCACAGCGCUAGCUUCUCGCCGCGCAGCGGCUUUUACCUGCUCAACUACCUUGGACCCGACAUACCAAAGCAGACCUUAGUCACGGUGGAUGAACCGGGACUUGAUGUCGUAAUUGAGGACAACGCUAAGCUCAAUGCCACUUCUUCCGAGUUCUGUAUGCCCAUCAGGACUCAUUCCGUCAUCCAGAGCGAUGGGGUCGAUAUCAACGUCGUCGAGACUUUGCCCCCCAACUUUGAGGCCUCUGGCAGAAAGAAGUAUCCCGUGCUGCUCAAUCCUUAUGGAGGACCGGGAUCGCAAUCGGUCAAUCAGAAGUUUGCCCGAGACUGGUCUCAUCACCUCGUAUGCGAGCACAAGAUCAUCGUGUUGACUGUAGAUGGCAGAGGAACCGGGUUCAAGGGGCGGUCUUUCCGUAACUGGGUUCGCGAUGACCUCGGGCGAUACGAGACUAUCGACCAGAUCAAUGCUGCCAAAGAGUGGGCCAAGAGACGGUACAUCGACAACAAGAGGAUCGGUAUUUGGGGUUGGAGCUUUGGUGGAUUCCUUACAAGUAAGGUUAUCGAAGCAGACUCUGGAAUCUUUACCUUGGGCAUGGCUGUCGCUCCUGUGACGAAUUGGCUGUACUACGACUCAAUCUACACUGAGCGCUACAUGAGCACGCCGGAAGAGAACGAGCUGGGAUACGUCAACUCUGCAGUUAACAAUGUCACUGCGUUUGAACACGCCGACUUCUUGCUCGCGCACGGCAGCGGAGACGACAACGUUCAUUACGCCAACACAGCAAACUUGCUCGAAAAGUUCACUCAGGCUCAAGUCAGAGGUUUCCGUUUCAGGAUGUUUACCGAUUCAGACCACUCCAUGUCUGGCUUCCGAGCGUACAGAGAGGUGUACGAGUUCAUGACUGCCUUCCUGGACGAAAAGUGGAGCGGCAAUAGGAAGGUCCACGAUUAGGCAGAAUGGUGCGAGAGGCGAACCCAUUUUUUACCGUUGUAGAAUAGACUUGUGCCAGGUCUAUUUCGAUGUAAUCGAUCGCGCUUGAACGGUUACCGCCAGUAAACAGGUUGUUGUUAAGGCUGAUCACGCCUUCGGUGGUCGUGUGGUACCUGAAGCCUGUCUUCCGGGCGUGAGAAUGAAAGCGCUCGAAUGGUUCGAGGAUCGUAUCGAGUGCAACUAUAUCCAUGAUGACUGACAAUGUUUGAACACGUGGACUGUUUGAC